UGUCCCAAACCCAGCAGUGCUUGGCAGGGCAGAGGCGGGCGGGGACCUGGCUCACGGGGAGGCGGCCUCGCCAGGCGCCACGAAGCCCCGGCGUCCCGCAGGCUGCAGCGUCGCGGGGAGCUGGGCUCCGGCCGCCAAAGGUUGCGCCGGGGAAGCCCCGCGGGGAGAGCACCAUGAGGGCUGACUCGGGGGCUCGGCUGGAGGAGGGCCACCUGCGUCCUCCACGAACCCUUCCACCUGUGCCAAGUCAAGAUGAUAUUCCACUUAGUCGUCCUAAGAAAAAGAAGCCCAGAACAAAAAACACACCAGCAAGUGCUUCUUUGGAAGGCCUUGCUCAGACUGCUGGUCGAAGGCCCUCUGAGGGCAGUGAGCCAUCAACUAAAGAACUCAAAGAGCACCCAGAGGCUCCUGUUCAAAGAAGACAGAAAAAGACAAGGCUACCUCUUGGUACGUGAAGAAACCAAAGUUAGGUUGUGAUUUUGGUGACAUGAUAAAAACCUCUCUGCUCUCAUUUUUCCCCCCAUUAAUAUCCCACAGGUGGGUUCUUGCUUUUAUGUUUAAAAAUUUACCACUAGAAUAACUCCAAUGGCUUCAGCCAAGAAUACUUUAUAGGUCUCUUUUGAUCAUAUGUGUAUAGAUUAUGAGAGGAGGGCGACAAAUGCAGGACUAAACAGAAAGUUCAGAUCUCAGUGCAUAGAAAAACCUAGUAAAUGAUGAAAUGGACAUUUCAGAUUAGUGGGGAAAUGAUAGAUUCUGUACUAACAAUAAUAUAAUGAAACAACAACUAACAUUUGUUCAGUCUUUCUAUGUCCCAGGCAGUUCACAAGGUAAACAAAAUACUAUACCACUUUUUGGCCUAUCAAAUUGGUAAUGCUUUUUUCUAGUUAUAAAAUCCAAUAUUGAUGGGAAAUGGGUGAACUCAUGCUUUUUGCUCAUGGGGCAUAGAUACAGUCUGUCGGAUUUCUGGGAAUAGUAGUAAAUUCAAUAGCUGCAGUAAUUAAAGAAUGUUAACUGCAACAUUAUAAGAGUAGAAAUUGGUAAUGACCCAAAUAUUUAAUGGUGUGAUACUGGCUAAAUAAAUCAUACUUUAUCCAUAAAUAGGAACCAGGUACCCAUUAAAAGGAUUGUUAGGGUGACAUGGAUAAUCAUCAGUUGUGUAUUACUAAAUCAAAAAACAAAGGUUAUAAAAUAGUAUGUAUUGGAGGAUCCCAUUUUUGUAAAAUAUGUAUGUUAAUUUCUUAGGGUUGCCCUAAAAAAUUACCAUAAACUGAGCGACUUAACAGUUUGUUUUUUCAUAGUUCUUAGGUGAGAAGUCCAAAAUCAAGUUGUCUACAGGACUAUGCU